AUGCCUGCGAUAUCUGGGUUCGUGAACUUCAACCCGGACAAGGAUAUCCCGUCUCUUCAGGGUAGAGUUAUCUUCGUUACGGGUACUGCUGGUCUUGGGCGAGCUUCAGUUAAAGCCCUUGCAAAACAUGACCCUACCCAUAUUUACUUCACCGGCCGCAAUGAACAAGCCGGCGAGGCGCUCAUCGAGGAGAUAAAGAAGACGAACCCGUCCGUCGGAAUGUCAUUCUUAAAAAUGGAUAUGACCUCACUGUCUUCGGUCAAGAAAGCUUGUGCUCAGUUUACUCAUGACCGCCUCGAUAUUCUUAUGUGCAAUGCCGGUAUCAUGGAUAAACCACCGACCCUAAGCGAGGAUGGCUUCGAGAUACACUUCGCAGUCAACCAUCUAGCACACGGCAUGAUCAUUCAGCAAGUCCUGCCUGUCUUACGGAGGACGGCUGAUUUGCCUGGCUCCGACGUGCGAGUUGUCGUUCUUACAUCCACUGGCUGGCGAGGACAUCCGAAGAAUGGCAUAGAUUUUGCUACUAUUCGUACCACGCAGGAAGACUUGACUUUGUUAGGAUUCAAUCUUCGCUAUGGACAAAGCAAAAUCGCAAAUAUAAUCUACGCAGCUGAGAUCGCGCGGCGGUACCCUAAGAUCAAGGCUGUGUCCAUCCACCCAGGUGUCGUCACUACAGAUCUAUUGAAUAGUUUGUCACCGAUGAGAAAAGCGUUUGUGUAUGGCGCAAACUGGAUGCUAGGUGGUGGCGUAGUGGACGAGAGUAUAGGUCGUCUAAACCAGCUCUGGGCGGCAGCAGGCGCGAAGAGAGAUGAGUUGGUGAAUGGAGCAUACUAUAAGCCCGUUGGCGUACAAGGAAAAUUGGAUAAGACAGCAAUGAGUGAGGAGUUAGGCCGUGAGCUAUGGUCAUGGACUGAUGAAAUGUUGGCGAAGGUGGAGUAG